GAAAAUCAGAAGAAAGCCAGCGUUGGGCACGAGUUGGUGAGAGAUGAGAUCACCCGUACCGGACGGAUUAGAAUAGGUAUUAACGUUACACCCGUAUUAACACAUUCAGGCUUUCGUUUGACUAUUAAACAGUGGCCACAUGUUGACAAUAUCGGACGGACCAGAGGCAGGUUUUGAUGGACUCUUGAUCUGGCUAAGUGGACGGAGUGAUCUGUUUAAGGGAAUCUCAUAUCUGACUCAUCUAGUAUUGUGACUUCACCAGAUCAGAGCGUUUCUGCACUCACCAACGAUUCCAACCUCAAGACCUUCUAACACGGUGAAGGAUGAAUCACCUGUCAUUGAGUGAUCUGUGUUGCCUUUUCUGCUGUCCACCGUGCCCGAGCAGAAUAGCCUCCAAGCUGGCCUUCCUUCCUCCGGAGCCCACUUACACCCUCAUAUGUGACGAGAGUGGCAGCCGCUGGACCCUCCACCUUUCUGAGCGUGCGGAUUGGCAGUACUCUGCCCGGGAGAAGGACGCCAUUGAGUGUUUCAUGACCCGGACAUCUAGGGGGAACCGAAUCGCCUGUAUGUUUGUGCGAUGUUCUCCCAACGCUCGCUACACCUUGUUGUUUUCCCAUGGUAAUGCUGUAGACUUGGGUCAGAUGAGUAGCUUCUACAUCGGCUUGGGCUCCCGCAUCAACUGUAAUGUGUUCUCCUAUGACUACUCUGGUUAUGGGGCAAGCUCAGGGAAGCCUUCAGAGAAGAAUUUGUAUGCUGAUGUGGACGCUGCCUGGCAUGCACUAAGAACAAGGUACGGGGUCAGGCCAGAGCAUGUGAUCAUUUACGGCCAGAGCAUCGGUACAGUCCCUUCGGUGGAUCUGGCCUCUCGGUACGAGAGCGCUGCCGUCGUCCUUCACUCCCCUCUGACCUCAGGCAUGCGGGUGGCUUUUCCUGACACAAAGAAAACGUACUGCUUCGAUGCAUUCCCCAACAUUGAUAAAAUCUCUAAAGUCACGUCUCCGGUGCUGGUGAUCCACGGGACGGAGGACGAGGUGAUAGAUUUUUCCCAUGGGCUGGCCCUGUACGAGCGCUGCCAGCGGCCCGUGGAGCCGCUCUGGGUGGAGGGUGCGGGACACAACGACGUAGAGCUGUAUGGACAGUACCUGGAGCGCUUGAAACAGUUUGUGGCUCAUGAACUUGUAAACUUAUAAAUGGACCUCAAGAUUAGGACUUCCCUUGAUGAACAUGCCCCUGGUGCACAGAUGGGAACUGUGAACUUUACUGGGGGGGGGGAGGUUUUCUCACCAUUUUUUUGUUUUGUUUUGGUUAUUUACUUAAGGUGCAGUUCUCCACGCUAUAUAGAAAAUGGGGUGCAGUCUCCUUGCUGCCUUCCUUAGGGGUGUGUUCAUGUAAAUGUACUUCUACAGGUGUGAGCGAGGGGUCUGAUGUUUUGGUGACCCGACUGUAAAUGUGUCUUGAUACCAUGUACUAAAGAAUCAAACCCAUUCCAUUUAAGUCAAGUUUUUGUUUUGCUGUAUGCAUGUUAUAAUAUCAUGUAAUGGAGUACUGUACAAACGCAGCAUUCUGACAUAAACAAUUGCCAUACAGGGGAUGCCAAAUACUCAGAAUAUUAAACUUUGAUACAUUACUUUGUA